AUGACUGAAUGGACGAAGAACCUCACUGCUCGACUGGGCGACACGGACUUCUUCCCCAAGUCGAAACCGAAAAAAUCAGACGAUGACAAUGAGUUGGGGGAAGCAACAACCUCAGCAUCCGUUGCCGGAGGUGGACACUCCGCUCGUCGGACUGGGAUCACCGAGAACCAGCUCACGGUCAGCAAUGCUUUGAGAUCGUUUCUCGUCGAGAAGAAUGUGCUCAAUGAACUCGAAGCCGGAGUCGAUGAUUCUGGCACCCCGGCACCCCUCCAGGCCCUGGUUGACAAGCCCCAUAUCAUUGUUCCGGCCGAACUUACCGAUAGAUCUCAUCCGCUUCCAGAGUACUUCAUCAGUUCGAGCCACAAUACUUAUCUGAUGGCCCAUCAACUCUACGGCACUUCAUCAGCGGUAGCAUACGAAACAGCACUGAGCGCUGGAUCGCGUUGUGUUGAAAUUGAUGCAUGGGACAAUGAUGAGAACCCAGACGAGCCAAAGGUCACCCACGGCUACACGCUCGUGUCCAACAUCAGCUUCCGCUCGGUGUGCGAGACUAUCCGCGAUAUCUACGACAAAGAAGCAGCUGAGUCGGUAGAUAGGCAGGGCUACCGGGCUGCGCCCAUUAUCCUGUCGCUCGAGAACCAUUGUGGUCAAGACGGGCAGCGUCGACUGGCUCAAAUCAUGAUGGAAGUGUGGGGCGAUCGCCUUCUCAGCAAAGCGGUGCGCGAAGAAGGUCACGAGGAGCAAGACGGUGGGGAGCAUGUUUUACUGGAGGAGCUUGGGUCAAAGAUACUUGUCAUUGUCGAGCAUCACAUUCCCGGUGAAGUUAGCGACUCUGACCCCGACGACUCUUCCGAUGAAGAAACCGAUGAGCAGCAAGCCGUAAAGGCUUACAACGAGAUGAAGAAGGCCUCACCGGCUGCUACCAUCGUCCCAGAGCUCGCCGAGUUGGGGGUUUAUGCCCAAUCUGUGAAGCCGAGUGAUAAUUCGUGGUACGACCCCGGCAAGCUCACAAACGGUCCUCAUCACCACCUCAUCAAUGUGUCGGAGUCGGGGUUAUCAGCCGAUAUGGCCAUUCCAGGAGCGAGUGCCAAAAUUGGCGCCCACAAUGCUCACCAUCUGAUGCGGGUCUUUCCAAAGGGCACUCGUAUCUCAUCCAAGAAUCUCAACCCGGUCGCAUACUGGGGUAUUGGAGCGCAGAUCUGCGCAUUGAACUGGCAGACGUUCGGCGCCGGCAUGCAACUGAAUGAAGCUCUGUUCAGCGGCUCAGAUGGCUACCUACUUAAGCCUGCCGCCCUCCGCCACGGUGGCAGCGGAAAGCUCAGCACAGGCGUGCAGAAGAAGCUCAGUCUUCAUAUCGCAGGCGCAUCUCAAAUCCCUGUCCCAGGUGACGCAGAUCCAGAGGAAAUAAGGCCUUAUGUAACAUGUAUGUUGACGCAUCCCGAUCAUCCUCACAAGCCGCCUCCCAAACGGAAGACGGCGCCAUACAAACAGCAUAAGCUCGGUCUCUUCCACCGCGGCGCUAAAUCCCCGCCUACGGAUCCCAUCUGGGACGAGACGCUCGAAUGGGAGUACGAGGACAAUGAGCUGGUAUUUUUGCGCAUUUUAAUCAAGAGCGAUGAUAGCUUUGCGGCUAACCCUGUGCUUGCUGUUGCGGCUGUCAGGAUCUCGUAUGCAGUUCGGGAUUGGAGGUUCAUUCGCAUGUUGGAUUUGAAGGGGAGAGAGACGAAGUGUUCCUUGCUGGUCAAGUUCCAAGUCGAAGACGCAUAA